UGGGCAAACUGCAUUGUAAUUCAAACCAUUGAACGGGAGGGGAAUGUGGCUGCGAAAUCUGUUGGCUCAGAACCGGCUUCCCUAUUCCUACGAGCCAUAUGUCAAAAACAUUCUUCAGGGUCCUUUGGACGCUGUAGAAAAAUGCGAAGCACUUUUGGGAAUUUCGGAAGAAAUCUUGGGACCAAAACCCGCCGAGAAGUUCGUGCGGGAUGUCUUGGACACUUUCGAGAUGCGUGGAGUGGAUAGUUUGAUUGAAGAUGAUAUACCCCUUGAACCACCAGCACCUACCUCACUCCCCAAGAAAGCAGCAACGAAAUCUGUUUUCAAAGUCGAUGCACCCGAAUUUACUCCCUUGGGCGGUGGAUGGUCCGAGUUGGAAGUGAGCUUUCAGCGAUUGGACACGAGUGAUACUGAUGAUAUUGGCGAAGAUGGGGAUGCUGCAUAUUUGGACUAUGAAGAGUCGGAGGGAUACAAUUCUUUUUCUCCAGAAGAAAUCCUCCAAUCGGUAUUCAUGGAUCUGCCCGUUGAUGAGAUUCAGAAUAUGCUGGCUGCAAAUGGAUAUAGCGUCGAAAAAACUGUUGAAGCUAUUCUUCGACCACCAGCGCCCGCUCCUUCUUCCUCCCCACUACCGACACAAUCAGAGGGUACCGGCAAUUCGAUCGUACAGCCAUUUACCCAGCCCGGCAAGCAAGUUUGCAGACAUUUCCUAGCAGGGCGAUGUCUGCGAAGUGAUUGUUGGUUUAGUCAUGACCCGGAGGCAAUGGUGUGCAAAUUCUGGUUGAGCGGAACGUGUAUGAAAGGGGACCAGUGCCUAUUUACACAUGGGAAUGAACUGGUGCAAAGGAUCGAGUCCAUGACUGCUCAGACUGCUCAAACUUCGACCGGAAGCCCACGGCAAUCAUUGGGCGGUGAAGAUUUUCCCGCGCUGACACCGUCGGCUUCCAAAAAAGCGCCCAAAAUCGAUUUUUGGGGACCGACCCAAAAGUUUGUGGACGUCGCCAAGAAAAAGCCUGCUGUCCAACCUGCUAUUGUGGCAGCAAAACAGUCUGCACAGAAUCCUAUGACAUCUCAUCGUAGGUCGACAAAAUUGGUGGAAGCAAAGUGGGUGUCAACGGGUGAUACACUUGCUGCCAUGUAUGCACGAUAUAGACAGGAAGCAAUUGACGCCGCCAUACAACGAAAUAAACUGUUUCAAAGAGCCACCGAAGCCUACCUUUCCGGCAACAAGGCCGCUGCAAAAGCCUUUUCCCUCGGUGCACACCGUCUCAACGAACGCGUCCAAGAACUCCAUCGACAAGCUGGUGUGCGCAUCUUUGAAGAGCGUAACAAAGCGGGGACAAAUUCAGAUACUACAGGCCAUAUGAUCGACUUACACGGUCUCCAUCCAACAGAAGCUGUGGAGAUGCUUGAAGUUACGAUUGGAAAGCUGCGAAGAGAGCAUUUCAGAGGACAUGUAGUAGCGGUGACGGGAACAGGCCAUCACAGUCGUGGACAGAAGGCUAAAGUAUUACCAGCGAUACGGGAUUAUUUGCAUAGAGUUGGGUUGAAGGCGCAGGAAGGAACAAUGAGGGAUGGACGAGGUGGCAUGUUUACAAUACAGUUAUGAAAAACAA